AUGGGGAAAAGGGCACUGGAAGAGAGGAACCUUGGGCUCAUAGACCCGUUUGCCAGAUGGCUGCAGCAGGUGCAAUUCAAGACGCCGCUGCUGAGGGUGAAGUCGCAGUUCACAUCGCCUAGGACGAACUAUGUGCUGCUGACGGACAUGGGGCAGAAGGCGAAGAAGACGGAGCCUGUGAGGAUAUGGGCGAAGGUGCAGAAGGUCACGGAGGACACAGUUGGUAUCGAGGUUGUUGACUCUACUGUGGGCACGAGGUAUGUCCUCAGAUGCAGUAGUGACGACUUGGUGACUGUGCAGAGCGUGCUGAAGAUGGACGACCCGGUGCUUCAGGCGAUGGGGCUAGAGAAGGAGCACAUUGAGACCAGGGGCAUGCUGAGCAUGUCAUUCCGGUAUAGGUUUGUUGAAGAUGGAGUAAUACGCGAUACCAUCUCGGAGAGGAUGCCCUGCGAGCCUGCCAGAUCGGCCACUUCGAGCACUGAAGGGGAGGAUGAGGAUACUGAGGAUACUGAGGAUGAUGAGGAUGAUGAGGAUGAAGAGACCGUCGUUCUGUUAAGGGACGACACGGAUACACAGCAUAAUCACAGUGAGGGUGUUGCGUGCAAUUCAAGGCCACUGCCCACGAUACAGACCGAGAGUCCGUCCAUCCAGAAUGAGCCGACGAGAAGUGACGACAACAACAAGAAUAGCAACAACACUAAUGGCACGAACGCAUCGAAUGCAAUGCCAGCGUCUGAGCCAACUGACCAUUCUUUGAGGCUGAGUAACGACCAACUACAACAGAGACUGGUCACGUCUAUGGGGGAAAUACAAGCAUUGCAGUUACAGCUGAUUGUUCUUAGAUACUGCUUGGAGGAUCAAAGGAUACGUGGUUCUCAGAAUGAUACUCAUAACCAAUCAGAACAACCACAGGGAAGCGGGAGUUUUAGCAUCCAAAACUUUGUCCUGCGUAAGAUCAUAUCCAAAACUUCAAAUGGAAUACUGUACGCAGUUGAACAUGCAAGAACAGGUGGCUGCUACACUAUCAAAGAGAUUAGUAACCAAAUCGGAGCAAUUGAUACAGAUUACAGAGGACAGGCUUUGGGGAGAGAGCUGAAAGUGCUGAUGGAUUUGAGAAACAGUGGCAACACCAGUCCAAAUUUACUCCAAACCUAUGAUAUCAUCUUCGAACCUACACCCCUACGAAACACAUGCUACAUCCUUUCUCAACCAGUUGCAUUGUCAUUUGAAGAAUUCCUGGAUACGAUAAAGGAGCACAUAAGGCCAGAGAAUACGCAGUUAUUUGCUACAGCAGCGUAUCAAGUCCUAUCAGGAUUGAAUUUCUUCUUAGCACACACAGGCUGUAUUCAUGGCAAUUUAGGUCUGAACAACAUUCUGAUAUCAACUGAUAACCAAAUUCUGAUUUCAUCCUUUGACCACGCCGUCGCAAGGGACAAACUCAUGCAUUAUUCGUUGUUCUUGGAUGACCAAAGAAACCUGAAAUACAAGCAUAGCUGUAUUCUUGAAGCUAGACGAUCAGAUAGCUUGGUCGUUUCAGGGGUCAACCUUGAUAUUUACUCACUUGGAUUAAUACUCUAUCGAUUACUGUCACAUAACGACCUUUACGAAGAUUCAGAUGAUUUACAGCAGAGGUUCGGAAAGAGACUAACUCCAAGACCGACUGAGAUGUUAGUGUCGUUUUUUAUGAACUUCAACACUUAUGACAAUAUACUAGCAUGGCCAUGGAUGAACGCACACAAGGCUCCAACUCUAGGGGAAGCACUGCAAAAUAUGACAGGUAACCAAGGUACAGUUUGA